GGCGCUGCGCAGCACUGGGACCCGGACCCGCACCCGCGUCGCAGCCCGGCCAGCCUGCUCCGCGCUCGCCUGCCCGUCUGCCCGUCUGCCCGCCGGCCCCGCGCACCCUUGCUGCCGCCGGUCUGCGCCCAGCCACCCCACGGGCACCAUGCACCUCUCCCAGCUGCUGGCCUGCGCCCUGCUGCUCGCGCUACUCUCGCUCCGGCCCUCCGAAGCCAAGCCCGGGGCGCCGCCGAAGGUCCCGCGCACUCCGCCAGGGGAGGAGGUGGCCGAGCCCCAGGCUGCGGGAGGAGGUCAGAAGAAGGGCGACAAGACUCCCGGGGGCGGUGGCGCCAAUCUCAAGGGCGACCGGUCGCGACUGCUCCGGGACCUGCGCGUGGACACCAAGUCUCGGGCGGCGUGGGCCCGUCUUCUGCAAGAGCACCCCAACGCGCGGAAAUACAAGGGAGGCAACAAGAAGGGUUUGUCCAAGGGCUGCUUCGGCCUCAAGCUGGACAGGAUCGGCUCCAUGAGCGGCCUGGGAUGUUAGUGCGGCGACCCCUGGCGGCGGAUUGGGAACUUGCUCCGUUUUGCUGAGGUCAUCCUUGGUCAUCAGCCUCCCAGCAUCUGGAAGCACCUCCAGCGCAAUGUGGCUAUUACAUUUCUUUUUUUUUUUUUUCCUGGUACUGGGAAUACACAACACCAGCUGUUUUAUUAUUAUUUAGGGAGGGGGGUAUGACUUUAUUGUUUGUUUAUUUUUUAAUGAAAAAUAAAAAGUUAUAUAUUAUAUAUAUUAUAUACACAAAACACACACACCUACACCGACGUGAUGACAAGGGACAGUUUUUAAGAGACUGACAAAACCAGCUGUAAAACAUUGCUGUUUGUAAAUUCAUGUCAUGCAUAAAUGUAUUUAUGUUGUAAAGCUAUUUAUAUUGUUUAUAAAGAGAUAUUUAUAAAAAUUUUAUUUAUGUAACUAAAUGGAAGAAGUCAAUCAUUGU